AUGCCAGGCGUUAGUCAGGCGGCCAAAACAGCAGUGCGUGGCGUGCGGCCCUCCUUACGUCUCCCCACUGCGCUUGCCGGUGCAAAGAACGUAAGCACAUGGACCAGCACUCCUAGACUUCCCCCGCCCAGCGUACCACUCACGAAGCUGCUGGGGCAACAGGGUCUCACGAGAACGCUGCUGCUGCUGCUGGCGCUGGCCACCACUAAAGCCUCCCCAUCGCACAGCGCCACCCCAACCAGCACCACUGCCGCCGCCACCCCCACUGCCGCUGCCGCCGCCGCCUCCACCUCCACCACUGCCACCGACGCCCCCACUCCUGCCACCACCCCCACCUCCACCCCCACCCCCUCCGCCGCCUCCUCCACCACCACCGCCGCCCCCGCCGUCUCCUCCAGAACCCUCGCCCCCCUUGCUCCUGCCACUGCGGCGCCUCCCACUAGGAGCAGACACAGCGCCAACCGACUCGGUGCCAACGAGGUCGACAGCAGAAGCAGAGGCAACAGAGGGCAAAAGGGGGACGGGGGAGCACCCCUCAAAGAAAGGGGCACGAGGGUCACCACGAGAGGCUCCUACAGCGACUACACUCUACUCAGCUGCAAGGAGGCGCUCCUCGAGGAGGUCAACAGUGAGCGUGGUGGGGCAAAGGGAGAGGAAGUGGUCCCUGACUGGACGAAGGGAGUCAGGGAGCCGGGUGACGAGGUAGUAGAAGUGGCUGGUUCGAAGAAGAGGGAAUCAACCUCACCACCAAGGCUUGUGAGUUGA